CCACACAUUCUAAUCCAUUCAGAUUAGCUCUAUUUGCAUAGCUUCAUUCCUCAGUUACUGUCACCUACGUUGCUUAAUCUGAGCUACCAUAUAAAUAGAACUGGAGUGUGACUGUCCUGCCUAUCAGCAAGUGCUGACUGCAGGAACACACGCACAUUAUCCAGGAGCAGCUAUUCCCUGCCACGACUGAGAAACCUGAAAAAUGGGACCUACAAUGAGAUACUCAACGUCCAAAAUGUCCUCGGCAAAGCUGAGCAGCGCAGCUGGAAAAGCCUUGGUAAAACCUUGCAAGCCAAGAAGAUCCCAACAGAAGACCAAAGAAAUUUGCCAUGUCUACUACAUGAGGCUUCGUUCUGGCCUCACCAUAAAAAAGGAGGCCUGUUACUUUGAGAAAGAACCCAUCCAAGGUUAUUCACUAAAAUCAGGUAGAAAGCGUGAAGGGAACUUCCCUGCUUACCCAAGGGAUGCCAUGAAGCGCUCCAUGUUGGAUACACCCAAUUUCCAAGAAUGUGCCGCUGAUUUACCUGUCAGAGAGAGUAUCCGAGAAUCUUGUGCUUCCCUGAGCACAUACGAUGACCAAUCUGUUUGUUUCAAAGUAUUGGAGAAUGGACGCUAUGUGAUCAAUGUUGAAGAUUCUGGAAAAGACCAAGAAAAAGACAAGAUGCUGCUACGUUACUAUGAGUCUCCUCAUCCCUCAAAUGAGUCAGGUGAUGGUGUGGAUGGUAAGUUGCUGAUGGUGAACAUGAGUCCUAUCAAAGACACGGACAUCAGGCUGAAGGCCAAUGACGAGGACCACUCUGUGGAGCUCCAAAAGUGUCAAGUUCCACUGCCAGACCAGGUCUAUUUCGUCCUUCACAAAAAGUCCUCCGACUAUGUUUUAUUUGAAUGUAAGAAAAAGCCUGGGAUGUACAUAGGAGUUAAAGAUAACCAGCUUGCUCUAAUAGAAGAAGAGGAUGAAGAUAACAAAAAUAUCAUGUUUAAGCUUUCUAAAGUUUAAUGGAAUAAGAAGCUUGUGGGCUCUGGGUUGAACGACUUAAAUGUUACCACUAAAGAAAGGGGGAAGAGAAAGGAAGAGACAUCUAAGGGAAUGGCUUAAGAUGCUGUGGAAUGUUAUCUUAUUAUAUGUAAAAAGUCUUUUCUUUUCCUCUAUCACUACACAUUCAAUAAAAUCAUGACUAUAUGGCAUUGGGCAUUUGUAAAGAGACUGAGAGAGAUUCCACCUUGGCUUUUACUUUCCUCUGCUUUGAGUCCUGAACGAACUCACACUUGCAGAUCUCUUCAGAUGAGCAUGCACCAUAGCUCAUGCUAUGCUUUCGACAAGGGUCCAAUUUACAAGCCUUAAAAAAAAAAAUACUCGAUCUUCCCUGGUCCUAAUCAAAAGGUUGACAUACCAGAGCAGCUUGUGCAGGACCAGCUGCUGCAUGACUGACAGCUUCUGAAUCAGAAUAAAGCAGAUGUAUUGGUAGAUGCCCCAGGCAACCCUCAGACAAGCUCUUUCUGUUAAGAAACUAGUGCUCCAAAUGCCCACGUACCUAGACAGGUAGGAUAAAUGUGUGAAAAGCAGGAUAACU